AUUUGCUAGUUACUACGGGGAAGUGAAGGGAAAACGGUUAAAAACGGUGUAACUUCAGACAAUUUGUACGAUGGCAUCGCAGCCUCCUCCUAAACCGUGGGAAAGGCGGAUUCCAGGAGCAGCCAUGAGUGCACCAGUUAACUAUCGGUCGACUGACUUUGCCCCACCAGGUCCCUCCACCUCCGGCCUCUCUGGUCCCGCCGGUCCUCCCGUCUUGACCCGCAUGGUGCCCCCCGUCCCUCCUCGCCCUGUCCAGUCCAUCCAGUCCUACCGUCCCUCCUACGGCUCCUUCCCUGGCUCUUCAUACAACCCCUAUGGUAGCUCCAGCCUCUAUGGCGGAGCAUACAGCCCCUACAGUGGUGGCUAUGGCAUGGGAGGGGGGCUCGGUGGGAGCCUGGGCUACAGCCGCUUCGGCCAAACCGGUGGUGAAGACGUGGCGCCCAGUCGGUUUGUCCAACAGGCAGAGGAGAGCAGUCGCGGCGCCUUCCAGUCCAUCGAGAGCAUCGUCCAGGCCUUCACCUCGGUCAGCAUGAUGAUGGACGCCACCUUUUCGGCCGUCUACAACAGCUUCCGAGCCGUGCUGGAUGUAGCCAAUCACCUGACACGGUUACGGAUGCACUUUACCAAGGUUCUGUCGGCCUUCGCCCUGGUGCGCACCCUGCGCUACCUGUACCGCCGCAUACAGAGAAUGCUGGGGCUGAGGCGGGACGGUGAGGUGGAGGACCUGUGGGCAGACAGUGAAGGAGCUGUUCUUGCGACCAGAGGGGCUGGAGCUGCAAUGGAAGACCCCAGAGCCGGAGCGGUGAAGUCGUGGCCCAUCUUCCUUUUUCUGGCCGUGGUCCUAGGAGGGCCCUAUCUCAUCUGGAAGCUGCUGAGCUCCGCCCAGGGGCCCGAGGAGAGCGUCACCAACUGGGCUAGUGGGGAGGAUGACCAUGUGGUUGCCAGGGCGGAGUAUGACUUCACAGCUGCGUCGGAGGAGGAGCUCUCACUGAAUGCUGGAGACAUGCUCAACCUGGCUCCUAAAGAGCAUCAACCCAGGGUGCGUGGGUGGCUGCUGGCCAGUGUAGACGGCCAGACCACAGGCCUCAUACCUGCCAACUACGUCAAGGUCCUGGGGAAGAGGAGAGGCAGGAAGCACGCUGAGCUGGAGAGGCUGGCCCAGGUUCAGGCCCAGCCAGGGAACCCACUGGGCACCACCCUUCAAGCCCCCCAGCCUAACCUGGCUACGGGUCCAGUGCCAACUGUAGCCCCAGGCUUGUUUUCAGGCCUAGGCCCAGCUGAAGCCGUCCCAGUAACUAUCCCAGAGGAGCUGCUGGAGUGCGUGUAUAGGGAAACACCAGCUGGUUACAGCAGCCUGGGUCUGGGUGUAGUGUCCAGCACCACUCCAGCUUCAAGCACAGUGCUCACCAUACCAGAGAAGAUUGACCUGUGAUGUCUGACUUUGUGUUUUCCCACACAUCCGUUGAGGCUGUACGUGGUUUGUUGAUGAGCUGUUCUGUAUAGCUCGGUCACGUCCAGCGGUGGGGAACCACUUGAUCUACAUCCAGAAGGUGAUUCAUGUUCAAAAUUCAGUGGCUUUGGUUUGACAUUUAAUCUGCCUGGAAGCAAUUAGUGAGGUUGGUAUAUGAGGUAUUGAGUACCUGGAUAAAGAAAGGGGUUAUCUGUCAGACAUCUGGAUAUGAGUGUUUCUAGAACAUUAUCUGGGUAUGAGUGUUUCUAGAACAUUAUCUGGGUAUGAGUGUUUCUAGAACAUUAUCUGGGUAUGAGUGUUUCCAGAACACUGUCUUGGUUUGGAUGUCUUGUCAGUGGUUAUCCAAACCAACCUAUACCUAUCCUGUACCAGCCUUGUCAGUACGGUCACACUACAUUUUAGCCCAAUAAUGAUGCAUAUUUAAAUGUUUUUGAUAUAGAUUUAUUUAAUUAACAGUGAAUGAGUACAUUAAGAUCAAAUUAAGUACGCUAAGAGAUUAUGCAAAUAUUUGGUAGAAUAUUGCAUCGUUUGACGUUGACAGGACAAAGCCAUAAUAUUAUGUUUCUGAAAUUCAUCGUUUUGUUCCAAGUUAAUGUCGUUGGUUUGAUAUUUAAAGAUAAAUUCAUGGGAAUAGAACGGGCUUGGAAGCUCUAACCCUGGCAAUUUGACUGGUAAACUCAUGGGUACACUCGCAAUGGCUGCCUGAUUGUGACUCAAUCAUUUCCAUGGUAUUUUGGGAUGUUCUAUCAACUGCUGGGUUGCCAUGGUAAUGUAAAACAUUUAUUCAAAUGAGGCUUGCUGAUGUGGCUCAUGCAAUGGAAUGUAUAUAUUUUUUGUAAUGUCAGUUGAGUUGACAUCACAGCCCCAAUUGAAGGGUACACGUCCUACUUGUACUUCCUGGCAUGGGUCUAGGUUGAAGAUGGGAAUAUUUUAAACCUAGGCAUGGGUACACUCAAUGUCUACCAGUCCACCUAUUAUGUCAUCAUUGACUUGGAGACCCUCUUUCUAGUCAUUCUAUUUCUAUGGAUAAAUGACUAUCAAGGUUCAGAUUUGGUUCCAAUGGAAGGAUUGACUUGGUUUUUAAUCGGUGUUAAUAUGGUUGUAAAAUGUUGUUUGAAAUUCGGGAAUGGUCCAACUAUAUAUUAGAUGUCCUGUAAAAUGUCCUAAAUAUUCAAAGUGAAGUUUUGAACUUGGAAAAUUGAACCAUCCAAUAUCAAGAUGUAUUAAAUCAAUAAGUUUUGUUGAAUGCAUUCGUGUAAGAACUGAAAUAGCAGCUCCUCAUCUUGGGGUGUUUCAGUGUCAGUUUUAGUCGUUACUCUCCUGAAAAACUGUAAUUAUGUAAAUACAAUUAUUUUGGAAAUAAACAUUUCCAAAACCUCAAAA